AUGACUCACUGUCCGCUCAGUUUUACCCUCGUCGACUACCGUACUAUAACUAGUGAGGAGUGUCUCCGCCUGCCAACCCAGAGGAGUGUGUAUGUGUGUGUAUGUGUGUGUGUAUGUGUGUGUCAGUGUCCGGUGGUGUGGCAUGAAGGAGAAGAAGUCUGACACCGCUUGUUAUUAGCUUGACCGCAGAAAUGACCAAACACACCCCGUCACAUUUCGACACCAGACGGCAAGCUUAGCGUUCAGUGGACGGACAGACCUGUCUGUCACUGCUUCUUUGACUCUUUGACGCCUCAGCUCUGUUAUUAUUAGGUCUUCCUCGGUCGUGGGGAUGGCUCGACCUUAGCCCAAAGUAUCCCCGCGGACUGUCUCUAACCUGUGUUUUACUGCGUCAGUGACCGUGAUGCGUUUCAACGAGAAGGAGCUGGUCUCCCUGAGCCGACAGCCCUCAGAGAAGGCAGCCGAGCUGGGGAUGAGAGGACCAAAGAAAGGAGAUGUUGUAAAGAAGAGGCUAGUGAAACUCGUCGUUAACUUCCUCUUUUACUUCCGGACCGAUGAGGAGGAGCCAAUUGGAGCUCUGCUGCUGGAGCAGUGCAGGGUGGAGAGGGAGGACAGCCAGACUUUCUCUAUUGCAUUUCUGGAUGAAGCAGAGAGGAAGUAUCUGUUUGAGUGUGACUCUGAGGAGCAGUGUGGAGAGUGGAUAGACGCCAUUAUCAAGGCCAGUUACGAAUUCAUGAGGAAGAAUCUGAUAUUCUAUCGAACUGAAAUCCACAGGCUUACUGGCAAGGACCCUUUGGAGCAAUACGGUAUAUCAGAUGAAACUCGCUUCCAGGUCAACAAUGGCCUGCAACUCAUGGCUAGAGAAACCUCCUCCUUGUAGACCAGGAUCCUGUGUCCAGAUGUACUUUAUCUUCAUUUUAGGUUAACCUGCCAUUCCAACAUUCACUCCUCACUAGCUUGAAAACUAUGGCAUUACCAUAAAGUACACAAGCCUUUUAGAUCUUCACUGCUUUGAUUGUACUGAUAUAGCUCCAGACGUAUGGAGAUGUUCUGAUGUAGAUUUUAUAAUGGGUUGUCUGAGGUCAUGCAAAGUGACAAUUCAUUAGUUUAUUCUCAGUUAUUGCCGGUAACAUAGAGCUGUGGGAGGCUCAACAUUGUUUUCAGCUUAGGGGAUUUUACAUGUAAUUAUCUGUAUCAUUUAUCUUCUUUGCCUUGGUUAAUUGUUUGUCCAAAACAUGUUUUAUGUUCUCUGCUUGACAUACUGUUAUGUUAGACAAUGUGAUUUUUAGAGCCUCUGAUUGUACUCGUGCUGUAGAGCUGUGGCUGUGACUUUCUUUUAGGGCUAGAAUCAAUCCAUGACAUAUGAACAUUUGACGUAAACUAAUGUUAAUCACACAGUUUAAAGAAGCUUGUGAUUAUUAGAUACACUGUCUAAUUCAGAAAACCUUUGGCAGUGUUUGCUGUCCUGAUUUGAACUGCAUGGGCCCUUUUGAUCUGCUGAGUUGAGCCACUCCAUUUUUGCUUAUGUGAAAGUAAAUGUUUAGCUAUCUUAAUAUGUAUUCAUCAUCUAACCUAUUUAGACGUUUUAGUUUUAAAAAUCUAUACUUUUGCACAUUACUGGGUGUUGAGGGUUGUUUAUAUUAGAAUUUAUAAUAUGUACUUGAACCUACUGUACCCUUUCUGUGGCACUUUGAAUCAGAUUCCUUUAGGUAAGCUGUUGGACCAUGUUUGAAUACCCGGCGUUUGACAUGACUUUUUAAUUGUCACACCAACUUCUUCAUCAGUUUAGCUACAACAGAGUUGGGGCUGAUAUUUAGUUGAAAGUUUCCCAACCACAUUUUACUAUGUGGCAUUGCUGUUUGUUAAAAUGUUUAUUUUAGCAGUUGGGAGUCUAUAACCGCAAACAUGAUGUCAUUGAAUGUGACUUUAUUUUUAAACUUUUGCACAUGAAAUGUGUUCAGUCUGUUUUUACAUCUUGUUAGAUUAUAUUUGUUUCACUGGCAUCUCUCUUUCUUUCUCUCUCUUUAUUUUUUUUUUACUAAUAAAGACAUUUGGAAGAUACUUUAAA